GUUUCAUUCGCUAUCUGCGGUGAGUUUGCGGCGCUGCAACCAUGGAGGACUCGAAAAACAAAGAGAAGAAACUGUCCGAAAAAAUAGAGGAUAAUGAAAAGAACAAAGAGAAGGACUCGCAAGCCGCUGGGAAGGAUAAAGAGAAGAAAGAGGAGCAAGAAUUGUCUGAGGAGGAUAAGCAAUUACAAGAAGAUUUGGAAAUGAUGGUGGAGCGACUGAGUGAGAAAAACACGGCGUUGUACCGUCCGGCGUUGGAAGAGCUACGCAGACAGAUUCGCUCCUCGACCACUUCUAUGACAUCAGUACCCAAACCCCUCAAAUUUUUGCGCCCACAUUAUGCCAAGCUCAAAGAGAUCUACGAAGGCAUGGCCCCAGGGGAGAACAAGCUUUUUUGUGCAGAUGUGGUGUCAGUGCUGGCCAUGACCAUGAGUGGCGAGAGGGAGUGCCUCAAAUAUCGCCUGCUGGGCUCCCAGGAAGAGCUGGCUUCCUGGGGACAUGAAUAUGUACGGCACCUGGCUGGUGAGGUGGCUAAAGAGUGGCAGGAGGUGGAGGAGAACGAUAAGACCCAGCAGGAGACGUUGCUGAAACUGGUGAAGGAGAUCGUACCUUAUAAUAUGGCGCACAAUGCUGAGCAUGAAGCUUGCGACCUGCUGAUGGAAAUUGAGAGGCUGGACAUGCUGGAAGAUUACAUCGAUGAGAAUGCCUAUGGCAAGGUUUGCCUCUAUCUCACCAGCUGUGUGAGCUAUGUUCCGGAGCCUGAAAAUUCUGCACUACUGCGGUGUGCCUUGAAGAUCUUCAGGAAGUUUAAUCGUUACCCAGAAGCUCUGAGGUUGGCCCUGAUGCUCAACGAUGUGGAGCUAGUAGAAAACAUUUUCACGUCCUGCAAAGACAUAGUUAUUCAGAAGCAGAUGGCCUUCAUGCUUGGUCGCCAUGGCAUGUUCUUAGAGCUUAAUGAAGAUGUAGAAGAUUAUGAAGACCUUACGGAGAUCAUGUCCAAUGUGCAGCUCAACAGUAAUUUCUUGGCCCUGGCCAGAGAGCUGGAUAUUAUGGAACCCAAAGUCCCAGAUGACAUCUACAAAACACACCUGGAAAAUAAUAGGUUCGGAGGGAGUGGCUCCCAGGUGGACUCGGCCCGCAUGAACCUGGCCUCUUCCUUUGUGAACGGCUUUGUGAACGCAGCAUUCGGACAGGACAAGCUGCUGACAGAUGAUGGCAACAAAUGGUUGUACAAAAACAAGGACCACGGCAUGCUGAGUGCUGCAGCCUCUCUUGGGAUGAUCUUGUUGUGGGAUGUGGAUGGAGGUCUGACCCAAAUUGAUAAAUAUCUUUACUCAUCUGAGGACUACAUAAAGUCUGGUGCUCUCUUGGCCUGUGGCAUCGUAAACUCGGGCGUGAGGAAUGAAUGUGACCCAGCCCUCGCCCUCCUGUCAGACUAUGUCCUCCACAACAGUAAUAUCAUGAGGAUAGGGGCCAUUUUUGGACUAGGUUUGGCUUACGCUGGCUCCAAUAGAGAAGACGUCCUGUCUCUGCUUUUGCCUGUCAUGGGGGACUCCAAGUCCAGCAUGGAGGUGGUUGGCGUGACGGCGUUGGCAUGUGGUAUGAUCGCCGUGGGGUCUUGUAAUGGGGACGUGACCUCCACCAUUGUGCAGACCAUCAUGGAGAAGAACGAACAGGAGCUGAAAGACACAUAUGCCCGUUGGCUCCCUCUCGGCUUGGGACUCAAUCACCUGGGUAAAGGAGAGGCCAUUGAGACGACACUAGCAGCUCUCCAGGUGGUACCUGAACCUUUCCGCAGCUUUGCCAACACAUUAGUGGAUAUCUGCGCUUAUGCGGGUUCUGGCAAUGUGCUGAAGGUACAGCAGCUUCUCCACAUCUGCAGUGAGCACUAUGAAAACAAGGAGAAGGACAAAGAAGAGGACAAGGACAAGAAAGAUAAAAAGGACAAAGACAAGAAGGACACGGCUGACAUGGGCUCCCAUCAGGGGGUGGCUGUUCUUGGUAUUGCCCUCAUUGCUAUGGGAGAGGAGAUUGGCUCUGAAAUGGCACUGCGAACAUUUGGACAUCUUCUGCGCUAUGGUGAACCCACUCUGAGACGAGCAGUGCCUCUUGCUCUGGCUCUCAUCUCUGUCUCCAACCCCCGCCUGAACAUCUUGGACACCCUGAGCAAGUUUUCCCAUGAUGCUGACCCCGAGGUUUCACACAACUCCAUCUUCGCCAUGGGCAUGGUGGGCAGUGGAACAAACAAUGCCCGCCUGGCUGCAAUGCUUCGGCAGCUGGCACAGUAUCACGCCAAAGACCCCAACAACCUCUUUAUGGUCCGACUGGCUCAGGGUCUGACUCACCUGGGAAAAGGAACACUCACUCUCUGUCCCUACCACAGUGACAGGCAGCUGAUGAGUCAGGUCGCCGUGGCCGGGCUGCUCACUGUGCUCGUCUCCUUCCUCGAUGUCAAAAACAUAAUCCUGGGGAAAUCUCACUACAUUCUUUACGGCCUGGUAGCAGCCAUGCAGCCCCGUAUGCUCGUCACCUUCGAUGAGGAGCUACGACCGUUGCCCGUUUCUGUCAGAGUUGGACAGGCAGUUGACGUUGUGGGCCAGGCAGGCAAACCCAAGGCCAUCACAGGUUUCCAGACUCACACCACGCCAGUGUUGCUGGCACAUGGAGAGAGAGCUGAGCUGGCAACAGAGGAGUACUUACCUGUAACCCCCAUCCUGGAAGGCUUUGUGAUCCUGCGCAAGAACCCCAACUACGAAACAUAGAGUGCCCUAGAAAAAAGAAACUCCUGCAGUUCUGCUUGGAUAUUCAAGGGUGGCCCUCUGUGGCUCUUUGCUAUCUUUAUAUCUUAUUGUUGUUAGUUGGACAGAACAAUGGUGUGAUGCCCCAAGCCAACAGCUGUCCUUGAAAAUGAAAGCUUGGCUCGUUGGACUGCCGUGAAAUGGAAGACGUUCACUGGGACCUUCAGUCAACAUCCAAUUUUUUUUUUUUAGCUUCAGUUUUGAUCCACGUUUGCCCUCAACCGACUGUUGGCCUCAUUUCAAACGCAGCACCCGUUCGUGAGUAGAACAUCGAGCCUUGUGCUGCAGAUGUUACCACCAACCAUUUACGUCCUCGGCCACAAUUUGUAACAAGAUUCUUUCACAAAAAAAUGUUUUCUUUUGUUGCCGUACUGUAAAAUGAUGUAUCAAAACAAAUAAACGUACACAUUGUUACAUGA